CAGGGGAGCGCGGCGCUCAGGCGCUGGCGAGUUGGCGCGCGGGCCCCCUCCCAUCCUAUCCCCUCCCCUCCCCCUUCCCAGACAGGCUCCCAGCGAGUUGCAUUUGGCACCGGAGCCUUUGUGAUUCCCGGGUCAACUUGGACGUGAUCGUGCAGCUGCAGCGACAUGCCGGAUUACAAAGGCUGCGACCAAGGGGGCAGCCGAGCCGACCCCGCUAGACUGAGGCUGGGGUAGCGGCGGACGAGGGACGGCAGAGCGUCACCCACGGAGCGGGCAGCCGAGCCCGAGCCCGCCGCUGGACAGCCAGAGCAGCAGUACAUGGAGAAAUCCUCUGGACAGUGGCCAAAUGCAUUAAGAGGUACUGAACAUGCCACGCAGCCCAACUUCCAGUGAAGAUGAAAUGGCUCAGAGUUUUUCAGAUUAUUCAGUGGAAUCUGAAUCAGACAGCUCCAAAGAAGAAACAAUUUAUGAUACUAUUAGAGCUACGGCAGAGAAACCAAACAGCAGAAUGGAAGACACCCAGAGUAACACAUUAGUUAUACGAAUAAUAAUUCCUGAUUUACAGCAAACGAAAUGUAUUAGAUUUAAUCCUGAAGCUUCAGUGUGGGUAGCCAAGCAGCGAAUACUUUGCACAUUGAAUCAGAGUUUGAAAGAUGUCCUCAAUUAUGGGUUAUUCCAGCCUGCGAAUAAUGGGAGAGAUGGAAAGUUUUUGGAUGAGGAACGACUUCUUAUGGAAUAUCCACAACCUGUAAAUAAAGGCGUUCCAUCAUUGGAGUUUAGGUACAAGAAAAGAGUAUAUCGGCCAUUUAAUCCCGAUGCAAAGCAGCUAGCCAAGCUACACACCAAGGCUAAUCUGAGAAAAUUUAUGGACCAUAUUCACCACCUCUCUGUUGAAAAAAUAACAAAGAUGCUGGACCGAGGACUUGAUCCUAACUAUCAUGACUUAGAAAGCGGAGAAACCCCACUGACUUUGGCAGCUCAACUUGGCAAUGCUGUUGAAGUGAUCAAAGCUCUGAAAAAUGGAGGAGCUCAUUUAGAUUACAGAGCCAAAGAUGGCAUGACAGCAUUACACAAGGCAGCCAGAGCCAAGAACCAAGUAACGCUGAAGAUUUUGUUGGAACUUGGAGCAUCUCCAAACUACAAAGAUAGCUGUGGUCUGACCCCACUGUAUCAUACUUCUGUAGUUGGGGGAGAUCCUUACUGUUGUGAGCUGUUACUUCAUGAACAUGCUACUGUUGGAUGCAAAGAUGAAAAUGGAUGGCAAGAGAUUCACCAGGCAUGUAGAUAUGGCCACGUCCAGCAUUUAGAACAUUUUCUAUUUUAUGGAGCAGAUAUGGGAGCACAAAACGCCUCUGGAAAUACAGCACUACAUAUAUGUGCCCUUUACAAUCAGGACAGCUGUACAAAAGUUUUGCUGUUGCGAGGAGCCAAUAAGGAGUUAAAGAACUAUAACAGUCAAUCUCCUUUUCAGGUGGCAAUAAUUGCCGGAAAUUUUGAGCUUGCUGAAUUAAUCAAGAAUCACAAGGAAACUGAUAUUGUGCCAUUUAGAGAGGCUCCCACCUAUUCAAAUAGAAGACGGAGGCCCCAGAGCACCUUGACAGCACCUCGUGUCUUGCUACGAUCUAAUAGCGAUAACAAUCUCAACAUCAACAUUCCUGACUGGUCAGCCUCUUCUUUAGCUUCUUCACAUCGUAGCCUUUCACCCCACCUACUCCAACAGAUGCAGAAUAAUCCCAACGGAACUGUGAAAACUGUUGGGAGCUACACGUCAUCCUCUCGGAGCCACUCGCCAUCGUUAAAUAGACUAGGAGAGGAUGCAAGGCGGCAGCAACAUCGGCACAUCAGUGCCAGUUACAACCCUAGUGCCAACAAGGAUACUGUAUCUGCCUUGGAUUAUCAGGGUCCAAAACGCAAACUUUACAGUGCUGUACCUGGAAGACUAUUUAUUGUCGUGAAGCCAUAUCAACCUCAAGGAGAAGGGGAGAUUCAUUUGCACAAAGGGGAUAGGGUAAAAGUUUUGAGCAUUGGUGAAGGUGGUUUCUGGGAAGGCAGCACCCGAGGACAUGUUGGAUGGUUUCCUGCAGAAUGUGUUGAAGAAGUGCAAUGUAAACCAAAUGAAAGUAAACCAGAAACUCGAGCAGAUAGAACAAAGAAAUUGUUUAGACACUAUACUGUUGGAUCAUAUGACAGCCUUGAUGCUUCAAGUGACUGCAUUAUAGAAGAAAAGGCAGUGGUCCUGCAGAAAAAAGACAAUGAAGGAUUUGGGUUUGUGCUCAGAGGGGCCAAAGCUGAUACGCCAAUUGAAGAAUUCACCCCAACUCCAGCCUUUCCUGCUUUGCAGUAUCUGGAAUCAGUGGAUGAAGGCGGGGUAGCAUGGCAAGCUGGCUUGAGAACUGGAGACUUUUUGAUCGAGGUUAAUAAUGAAAAUGUAGUAAAAGUUGGACACCGACAAGUAGUGAACAUGAUUCGUCAAGGAGGCAAUCAUCUAGUUCUUAAAGUUGUCACAGUAACCAGGAAUCUUGAUCCAGAUGAUACAGCCAGAAAGAAAGCCCCACCACCUCCAAAACGGGCUCCAACCACUGCACUGACCUUGCGGUCUAAGUCAAUGACCUCAGAGCUUGAAGAGCUUGUGGACAAAGCUUCAGUACGGAAGAAGAAGGAUGUCAUUGGGGAUCAAGAUGGGGAGGUUCCUGGAUCUUCGGGACAAGCCAGGCACCAGAGAGGAAGCUCACCAUCCACACCUGUAGAAGAUCAAGAAUCCUCAGUGCCAGCUUCUGAUGAAGACUCACCAGCCAGAACUACAGAGAGUUGGCCAUGGCCAUUGUCAUCAUCUGAAACGCACAGCAAUGUUGGGGAAGAUUUUGAGGGAUUUCCAACACCAGAGAGGACUCCACAGUGUACAAUGGACAUACAGUCUCCAGGCAAUCAGUGUCUCAGUAGGACUCCCCAAUAUGAAAGUGACUUUCCUGAGGAGGGAAAUGAUGAAAUGAACGAAGAGCACCAUGGUGUUCAGCCUGUCCCUAGGGAUCGGGGUUGGAGAGGGCAGACUCAGCUAACAGAGGGGGAGAAGUUAUUGAUGGAAACCAACAGUAGGAUUGUGCAACUGCUGGAAAAUAUCAAGAGGGAGCAUGCACAGUCUAUGGGUCUCAUGUCACAGUCCAUGGGACGAAUGGAAUUGCAGUUAGGCAUUGUGGCGACAUCCACAAGAGCCAUCCAUAACUACCUGUCUGAGAUUUUAGCUUUCCUCAAACAGCCAAGGACUCAGGUCCUUGAAACACGUAUAUCCCAAAGAGCCACCCCUCAUGUUGAGUUAACCAGUGCCUCAACAUGGACUGGUGAGGAUGCAGUGGCAAUGCCCACUGGAUAUUUACCAGGGGAUGAAGGGAUUAAUGACUCUCAAGAGACACCACAAGCCACAGUGCCUCGUCGCAGUGGCCGAAUGCAGAGAGCCAUAACAGAGCGGGCCUCGUUGCCCAUGCCCAUGCGUCAGGCAAAGGGGGGAGGGAAGAAGAAAUAAUUUGUCACACUAGUGAUAGGAUUUUAAGGGUUUUUUUAAAUGUGCCUGUCCUUUUAAUUCUUAGCCAUAAGGCCAUGUGUGGCAGAACUUGACCAUUUCUACAUUUGGCUAACAUUGUAUUCUGGCUGACUAGAUUAGUCUAACAUUUUGUAGUUUAUAUUCGCAUUGUUAACAAUGUGUGCUGCUGGUAUUUGAAGGACAUUUGCUUCUGUUCUUUCACCUUAGCUUCAUAAGAGCAUUUUUUUACACUGUGCCAGACAUUCAUUGCUUUUCUUACAAAUACAAAUCAUUUCUGGA